ACCAAGAACAUUUUCUGUGUUUACAUAUGUGCCUUAACCAGGUGCACAUCCCAACUAUGUCCUGAUUUUACAUCAGGACUCACAGUGCAUUUUUUUUAAUUGUUUUAUUUUUUAAUUGUAUUCCUCUUCCAGCACCUCUGUGAUAUUGCAGCGAGCCUCUGGUUUGUGUCAUGCCGAAUCCCAGUUGCUUGUGGUAGCUCAUCUUGUUCAGGUGUUUCACCAUACGAAAACUCAACAUAAGUUAACUCCAGACUGUCUUUCCAAGAUUUUUGAAGCAAAUUUGAUUGUCCAACAGAACCAAAGACAGAGCAGAAAAUGGUUGAGCAACUAAAACUGCUUCGUAGACCUCUGCCUCCUAAGCAGUUACCUAAGCUGCAUGCACCAGGAGAGAAGUUUGGCAAAGGCAAGAUUCUUGGACAGCACCAAACUAGAGCAAUAAAGAAUACAAAUGAUGAAAAUGGAGAAACAGGUUCUAGUGGUUGUUUCAGUUCCCAGGUUCAAGACAAGCAGAUGGAUACUGACCUCAGCGAUGAUCAGAUUGCCCACAGCCCAGUGCUGCUUUUCUCAGUACAGAAAGUGGAGCAGAAAAGUCAGAGAGACUUGCCAUGUCCAGGCCAUAAGAGCAGUGAUUCUACUCGUUGGUCUUUACCAGGGGUUCCUGCAAGUGAAGUUGACCAACAUGAAAUGAUUCGUGUCUAUUCAAGCAGCCAAAUACCAAAUAUCUCUGUCCCUCCUCCUGCGAGAGAUUUUAUAAUUACUAAAAAUCCUAGUGGGCCUGAUAGUUUCCCAUUCCGCCAGAAUUACAGAUUCUUUCGUAUGAAGCAACAAGAAUUACAGAGGACUGGCCCUGCUCAUUUCACGCCUCCUGCGUUUACAUUGGAAAGUCUGGCUGCCAUUUCAUCCUCUCACCCUCUGCCCUUGAAGACAACACUCAAAAAACCAGCUCUUUCCCACUAUAACUGUGAGGAACUCAGCAGGCGAUUAAUGACCGCACAGAGGAGCUCACAGACCAAAGUUAAUGGAGUGGUAGUGGCCAGUGCUGAUUUACCAUCGACUUCCAUGACAAAGUCUGAGCAAGACAGGAGAGAAAUGGAAGAGAAAAUGAGAAAAUGUGAUUCACCAGAAGAAGACAGAGAAAAAUCAGAUACUGUGCACUACUUGACUCCAGCUGAAUAUGAAAGAGAAGAAGGACCCUUUACAGAGUCUAGGGGUGGCCCUGGUGGCAAUACUUUGGAUGACGUUUGGAAAACUAGUUUACAGUUUACAGUAAGCGAGCAAGAGGAAGAACUGAUGGCCAGGUCCCAGCUGGAAGUAUUGCGCUGCCUAUUGUACAAGAAGCUGGCUCUUAACCUUCAGGCCUAUUUUCUCUUUCGCCUUCCAGACCUGACCCCUUUAAUGGAUACUUUGGUCAACCUCAAUUUGGCAUUCAAUAAUUUAUUCUUCUUUCCCGUUGAGGUGCUUAACAUCAAAACCUUGCAAGUCCUGGUGCUCCGAAACAAUCCUAUCAGAGAGAUUCCUAAUGACAUUUCCAGACUGAAAACACUGAAGAAAUUUAUCAUUUCCUUCAAUUUGCUAUCAGAGCUUCCAGAUGGGUUGUUCUUAUUAGACCAUCUCCAGCAUCUGGACAUCGCUUACAAUGACAUUACCUUUAUCCACAAUGACAUCAAGAAGCUCAGACAGCUCAAAAUCUUGAACAUUGAAGGGAACCAGCUCUCUGCUUUGCCAUCUGGGCUUUUGGAUCUUCCACUAAAACGUCUCAGAAUAGAAAAUAACUUCAUACAUCCCUUGUUAUGGAAUGAACAGAAUCAGAACCAGCCUCAGAAGCUCACUCAUCUGGCUGCCCUCUGCUUCUCCAGAAAUAAUCUAAGGGAAAGAUAUGCUGACAUCUCAGAAGAUAUUAAAAAAUUACUGGAUGAUUGUACUGCCUGUGACUGCUGCGGUGGACCUCGGUACGGCCAAGGACUUUGCCUCGUCCAGGUUUACAGCGAUGUGUUCACAUUUGGAAGGCUUCCCUUUUAUUUCCUCGCCUGCUCAUCAUCCUGCCGCAGAGACUUCAUGUACCAGUCUGAAGACUGACUCCAGUGCUUUGGAGAAAGGCACCUGGACUAUAGCAGAGGG